GGAAGGUUAAGCAGUGCUGGGAGCAUACCGGGGGUCAUGCCGUGGGGUCGUCUCUGCGCCUGCGCCCUGCCGGGAUGCUGAACCUUGCGGCGCUGCUGUGGCGCCGGCUCCUGCGCAAGCGUUGGGUGCUCGCCCUGGUUUUCGGGCUCUCGCUGGUUUACUUCCUCAGCAGCACCUUCAAGCAGGAAGAGAGGGCUGUGAGAGACCGGAACCUCCUCCAGGUUCAAGACCGGGAGCAGCCCAUUCCGUGGAAGGUGCAGUUUAACCUAGGCAACAGCAGCCGACCCAGCAACCAGUGCCGGAACUCCGUUCAAGGGAAACACCUCAUCACUGAUGAGCUGGGCUAUGUCUGCGAGAGGAAGGACCUGCUGGCCAAUGGCUGUUGUGAUGUCGGUGUCCCCAGCACGAAGCAGCACUGCUGUGACGGGUGCUUGGCCAACGGCUGCUGUGAAGCCUACGAGUACUGCGUCUCCUGCUGUCUGCAGCCCAGCAAGCAACUUCUCCUGGAGCGCUUCCUCAACCGGGCAGCUGUGGCCUUCCAGAACCUCUUCAUGGCAGUCGAAGACCACUUCGAACUGUGCUUGGCUAAAUGCAGGACCUCCUCCCAGAGCGUGCAACAUGAGAACACGUACCGUGACCCCAUAGCCAAGUACUGCUACGGAGAGAGUCCACCUGAACUCUUCCCUGCAUGAGGCCUGACAGAGGUGCUGCAUGCCCAGAACCAGUCUGGUCCCUGGAGUAAUGAAGGAGAAAGCCACACAAGGAUCCUUGGCCUUGACCAUGGCUUGUGGCUCCCUCACCAACGGCUGGAGCAGAUGGGCGGAGCCAUUCUAUAGAGCAGGCUGGACGAGGCCCUGGUACCUUGCAGGGCCCUGGGACUGCCGGUCAGAGGCCAGGUGCUUGCUUCUGUUUUGACCUUACGUUGUAGUUAUUUGUUGACUCUUCAGAGCGGUGGAAGGUACGGUUUUCUGUGCAGGUCACCUUUGCCUGUCCAGGCGAAUACAUUGUAGGAGGUGACCAUUGCUCUUGGGUCCUGAGCAUCAUGACUGAGUGCUCCCGCACCAGAUGUGGGUGCUCCUGCACCAGAUGUGGGUGCUCCCACACCAGAUGAACAUUUGAAACGUUUGUCUCCAGGAGUGCGGGUGUACAGACUCAGUUCUGGUUCUGUUUUAACAUCUGACCAGCAGGCCUUAUAUCCGUAUCCCAACAUUCAGGGGUGCCUGAAGACUCUGGGGGGGCGCUGGUCCCCACCGAGCCUUCUGAGAGCUGCCUCAGCGUGCUCAUAUACUGAAAUGGGAGAUUGGAAGCCUGAAUCCCUGGUUGACUCUCCCGGUGGAGUUUGCCAUCGCUGUGUCUCCUUGAAACCCCUCAGCCUCAAGAGGGGCAGGGGAGCCUUUCCCUUGUCUGUCACAGAAGCCAGUGGGGACAGGCGAGUGUGUGUGUGUGUGUGCGCGCGUGUGUGUGUGUGUGUGCGCGCGCGCGCAGGUGCAGUGGCUAUUCAUUCUUGGUUGCCCUCCACGCCUGGUAGCGUUUAUAAAAAAAAAGCCCAGCUCUUACUCCAGCUUAUAGUGAGUUUAACAUCCACUGUCAGUGGGAGAUGAACGGGUUAGCCACAGUCUAGAGAGCGUUCCAAAGGCAGGUCCGUGUCCAGUGUUUACAGGACAGUUGUUAUCAGUGACUGAAACUGAAGUUUUAAGCCUAAGGUCAAGACACUUCUUCCUGAACUCUCCCAUUCUGUUUUCUGGCCAGCCAUUAACACACACUUCCUUCCCAGACCCUUUAUCCACCUUUACGGUGGUGGGUCAUGGUGUUUUGUGGGUUUGGUUCAGGUUGACCUGGGAUAUCGGUGGCCUUGUGGAGCCUGUUUUACAGCUGUGUGUACAGAUAGAAUUUCCUUCAACUCCUUCAUGAUUCCUCUUACUGUUCACUAGGAAUUGUGACAAACUGGUGGGCAGCUGCUCUCUUAUUUUGCCUUGCCAUGCUGGGAUCGAACCGAGGACUUUGUAUGUGAUUGGCAAACUUGCUGUCACUGAACCACAGCCCUGACCAGGGAGUCGAUUUUUAGCGUUAGAUCCCACUGAUUCUUUUCUGUUUGCUCUGGACUUCUCAGUGUAUUUACUCAAACUUCGUGAAAGAACUGGGUGAUCCUGCACGUUCUGGCACAUACUGGAAUGUUCUGACAUGUGGUAUGUGUUUGACACCAGCCUUGAACACCUAACUCUUCUUCCCUGGGAUCAGUCCACCCUUGGUCGGCAGUGCUGUUGGUUGGCCUCGUCCUUGAGUUCAGUUUUAGAGUGCUGACCCAAGUUUUACCAUGAACAGUCAACGCCUGUUGCCAGCUCUCCGUGGUUGGCACCAGAAAGGCAUGCUGUGUAUGUCCCUUGUGAUCAAGAAUUCAGUCUGUUGUGCUUCACUUAAUAGAUGAGGACGUUGCAAGAGACAGGCCCUCCCGAGCCGCAGCCAAGACAGAAUCAUCAAACCCACACAGGAGCUCGUCUUGAAUCCUGCCCUCAGGAGGAAUCACCUCCACACGGUCUCCCCUAAGAACGGGUGGCCUUCAGUUAUCCCAGACAGGAGAGGGCAGGGUUGUCAUCUACAUCCACACAAAAGUAACACAAACAUCACUUUCAAAUUGGCUGUGACUAUGGAGUGUGGUUUUGUGCUUUAAUCAAUAGCCGUGUGUGUGUGUGUGUGUGUGUGUGUGUGUGUGUGUGUGUGUAUCUUCACAAAUUCUCAGUAUUUCAGACAAGCAUGGCACUGACCAGUGAAGGGGGCCCCUACUCACCUCCCUUGAAAGGUUGUUUUUGAGCUCCCUUGACGGGGUUCCUAGAAUCAGGGGCUGUAGUUUUAUUUACAAGACUCAAGUGAAUCAGUCGUGCGAUGUCUGCAGGGGAUGCCUGGGGAACAGAGGAGGUGAGAACAUCCCCAGCCUAGAAAGGAUGUUUAAUGUUUAAGUGUGAGGGGCUUCAGACAGGUAGGUCUCAGGUGCUUCUCUCCAGUCUGAAUGUGCAUACACUGGGCUUCUUGCUGGGAAUCAGGGUCUUAAAGCAGGUACAGGAGAAUGUAGCCCCCAGCCCUGCCAGCCCACAGCCAGGGGUGAAGGAUGAGCUCCUGCAUUCUUGUAGAAGUAGAGCAGGUCCUUUGGGGCAUUGAUGGAGCCCUUCACACACUCUGAAGGCUGACCGCGGGCCUUCCCGGGAGUGGCAUGGAGAAUGGUGGUGCACUGGGAUUCUGGGUCCAGUUCUUCCCAGCUUUGGGCUUUGCAGGUAAAUCAUGAGCUGGCCCCUUCUCAUAGCCAGGACAGGAAUGUGGCUGGAGCCUGGAACCACUGCUUCUUGACGUUGUAACCUUUGAGUUGUGGGCUUUUCAUUUAGAAAAUGGGGUCACAUGUUUACCUGUGAGUGUUCCCUGAGGUAUUCUGAGUGAGACUCAACCUCCUGAGAGGCCAAUGUCGGCAGCCCCUGGGAAGCUAUCAGGCAAGGAUGAGGGGUUGAGGGCUAGCAGGAUGGAAGAGCAUUGGUUGUGGUAAUUAGGAACUUAUGCUAAGAGGGUUGGUUUGGUUUGGUUUGGUUUGGUUGUUUGUUUUUUAACUAGGGAAUUUGGUACUAUCUAACUGUACAGUGAGGACAGGCUCCAAGGUAUGGUUGAGGGAAGGUCUUGUAAAUAUGGGGGAAGGGGAGGAGCACAGCCAGAGGCACCUGGAAGAGUCCAGAGGAAGGAGGGAAAGUAUCAGACUGAGCAUCGGACUGACCAUGACCAUGAGAGACAGAGGAAGACAAAGCCAAGAUCAAGAGUGCAUGGCCAGCCGGGCGGUGGUGGCACACGCCUUUAAUCCCAGCAGGCGGAUUUCUGAGUUGGAGGCCAGCCUGAUCUACAGAGUGAGUUCCAGGACAGCCAGGGCUACACAGAGAAACCCUGUCUCAAAAACCAAAAACAGUGCUUGGCUAAAAUGGCAGGGUUCUAAAGGGAAGAGAAGCUAGGGGAGGGAAGCUGGAGACUAGGGCAGGGCCUGAGUGAGGAGAUCCAGAGGUGGGGAUUGAGGAAGCCUGGAGGUCGAUGGUAUGUGUGUUAGCAGGCUGACAAGCACCUUAGCUAGCCUUUUGUCCUGAAGUAGGUUUGCUUGUUUUGUUUUUUGGACCUGACACUAAUGAUAAAAUAAUCACCUAAAACUAAAAAUCACAGAGCCUAGAGAUAAGCACCAGCUACUUUCUCCUUCCUCUCACUUUCCAGGUGGAAACCAAACAAAGAAAGGCAUGCUUCUUCCUUGGAAACACUGCCUGUGGGGUUGUUAUCGGCAGAUCUGUGUCUCUGUCUCUGUCUCUCUCUCUCCUAUCCUAUCCUUAGAACAGGCAUGGCCAAGGUCUAGAACUGGGGCUGUCUGUGACACCAACUUCUCAUUUAGCUCGCCAAUGGGUCACAAACUUCCCGCUCAUUCUGCAGACAAGUUUCUGCUGGGUGGAUGGUGAGCUCCCUAAACACGCAUUGCACAGGGUAACUGCACGGUGCCUUGAGGCAGGAGUGUGCUGUCACGCAAGCGUGUCCUGUGGGGAUCACAGCGUAAUUUAAUCAGCACUUUAGCAUGGUAUUUCUCCAGGGUGGGGAAAUAAUGAAGUCAGUGCUCGGUGCUGGGAGUUCUCAAUUCAGCCUUGGGCACAGCGGUGACCUAGAGCUGGCCUCAGUUACCUCAGCACUGACAACAUCCUUGGUGUGACUGUCCUAGCUGCGGGCCAGGGAGGGAGCAGCAUCGUGAAGUCCCAUCCCAUUAGGGACAAGUGGUAUCUUCCCUAUUCCAGCUGUGAAGAUAGUAUUUCCAGACACUGACCCCACUGAGGGUCAGGGGUCAGGGGUCAGGGAGGGACUGCUCCUGUGUUACAAACCACUGCCCUAACUUCUAGAAAGAGGUUUGUGAAUGUGAGACAAUUGCUUGAGUGUCAUAGGAGGGAAAGUUAAUUGAGAAGAGGCUGGGCUGAGGUUUAAAUUCCUGAAGGCUAAGGGUGGAAGAUAGAGAAUUUGAGGACAGCCUGGUCUACAGAGUGAGUUCUACGACAGCCAGGACUAUACAGAGAAAAAAAGUAGGGUGGGGUCUAGCUCACUGAGUUAAUACACACAAACUGAUGCUUGUAUUAGCAGGUAUCUAAAUAGAUGUAGAGCCAGGCACGGUGGCACGGGCUUCAGUUUCCGGCACUUGGGAGGCUGGGCAGGCACGGUGGCAGUUGCCGGCACUCGGGAGGCUGGGCAGGCACGGUGGCACGGGCUUCAGUUGCCGGCACUCGGGAGGCUGGGCAGGAGAAUCCAAGUCCAAGGACAGCUUGGGUGUCAUACUAAGACCUGUCUGAAACACAAAAUUGUUUUUUUAAAGUUUAAUAAAAUAUUUUCUCAAUUAGAUGUUGGUGAUUCGGAUGAUAAAUGAGACAGUCUCUGCAUUGCCCUAGGCAUGGCCCAGGCAUUUGCCACGAGUACGUCUGUGUACAUGUGCGUGAGUCACGGCGCAUGCACAGUUGUGUACUGUGUAAGAACAGUGGUCUGGAAUCCGAACAGCAUCCUGACCCACCUCAUAAGAGCCCGGGCAUCCAUGAUCUUGGACAAACUCGUCUUUCCGCUUUCGGCUUCUCAUUGUCCUUAUCAAUUACUGCUUGCUAACAUCCAUUGGUCCCACAUCCUGGCUUUGACCAUCGGGAGAUCCCAGCACUGAGGUAAACAGGACCAGAGUCUCAUCUCUUCAGUGCUCACUGUGGACUGCACUCCUCACAGGGGAGGGGGCCACCAGCCACUGGGAUCCCGGCUGUCCUCAGAGCAUCUCCUCUCCCAAGCAUCCGGAGAUUGAUCAAAGUCAGACAGACGUUCUCUUCAUCUUCCUUCUCUGAUUUUCUUGGGUACCACUUGCGGGUCAUGCUUGCUGCCCUGUACCUGUGGAGAUCGCUGCUGUGGUCCUGUUGUAAGUGUAAGUCCUGGGAUGCACAGAGCUCUGUGAGUGCAGACUCCUUCACGAAGCACUGAGGUACUUACUCAGUGACCUCGAGCCGAGAUGCCUGGAGAAUGUCAGAUUUACCAAGUAAGAUCUCUCUAGACAUCUCGGCAUACAGGUGUCUCUUACAAGGUAGAAACCCCAAAGACAAGCCUUCAAGAUUAAAUUGAACCCGUUAGUUCCUGGUCUCAGAGGAUACCCACAACUGCGAUGAGACGUUUUGCCACAUUUUAUGUCUAAUGUAUACUUUAUAUUUGUUCAUAAAUAAAAAUGGAAUCCCAAUA